AUGGCUGCCGCCGGCCAUUUGGGCCAUGGGUCCUCCGCUGCGUGGAAACGCGCCGUGCUUCUCGCCGUCUGCGUCACCGGCAUCUGGGCGGCGUACCUCACGCAAGGCGUCGUGCAGGAGAAUCUCUCCACGAAGCGGUUCGCGCCGGACAACACGCGGUUCGAGCACCUGGCCUUCCUCAACCUCGCGCAGAGCCUCGUCUGCUCCAUCGUCGCCUUCCUCAGUGCGUCGCAUGCCUACCCACCUCCCAUAUUUUCUACCUCCUCUCUUUCCCUCCCUUCCUCCCUCUAUACCUCCCUCUCUCCUCCUUCUCUACUUCUCUCUUCUCAAGCUAACAUUCCUCAACCUCGCGCAGAGCCUCGUUUGCUCCAUCGUCGCCUUCCUCAAGCCUCGUCUGCUCCAUCGUCGCCUUCCUCAGUGCGUUGCAUGCCUGCGUACCUCCCUCUCUGUCUCCUACUCCUCCCGCUCUCCCUCCUCUCUCUGGCCUUUCUCAACCUGGCGUUUCUCAACCUCGCGCAGAGCCUCGUCUGCUCGCUCGUCGCCUUCCUCAGUGCGUGCCUACCUCUCUCUCCUCUUUCCAGUUCGAGUGCUCAACAUCCUGAGCACCAACAUGACAAUGCAGCCGCCGCUGCUGUCCUACCCCUUCCACUCGCAUCCCCUCAUGAUAUCACAAUCUCUUCUCCCACCUCCCUUCCUCCUCCCCACCCACCAGUGCUCAACAUUCUGGGCACCAACAUGACAGUGCAGCCGCCGCUGCUGUCCUACUGGCUGCCCGGGGUUACCAACACCAUCGGCCCCGCGUGUGGUCUCAUCGCUCUUAAAUACAUCUCCUACCCCGCCCAGGUCCUGGCCAAGUCAUCCAAGAUGAUUCCAGUGAUGCUAGCAGGAGCCAUCAUCUAUGGGGUGCGCUACACUCUACCGGAGUACGUCUGCACUCUGCUUGUCGCCGGGGGAGUUUCCAUGUUUGCCCUCUUUAAGAGCUACAGCAAGGCGACGAGCAAGCUUGCGAGCCCCAACGCGCCCCUGGCCUACAACCUCUGCUUGCUUCCCCCCUUCUGUCCCAACUCGUCUCCCUUCCCACUCCCGUUCUUCCCCACUCGCCCGCAGAGCUCCAGCAAGGCGAUGAGCAAGCUCGCCAGUCCCAACGCGCCGCUGGGCUACACCCUCUGCUUCCUCAACCUGGGGCUGGAAGGGCUCACCAUCGCCACUCAAGACUCCAUCACUGCCAAUCCCAAUGCACCGCUGGGCUACACCCUCUGCUUCCUCAACCUGGGGCUGGAAGGGCUCACCAUCGCCACUCAAGACUCCAUCACUGCCAAUCCCAAUGCACCGCUGGGCUACACCCUCUGCUUCCUCAACCUGGGGCUGGAAGGGCUCACCAUCGCCACUCAAGACUCCAUCACUGCCAACAAGAUUGCGGCGCGCAAGGAAAAAGAGAGGGCGACCGAUGCGGCACUCAACGCAGUGAGCGGCGUAGGCGGUGCGGGACCGAAGGCUAAGAAGGGGCGGAUGGAGGAUUGGUAUGGUGAGGGGGGGAAGACGGCGACGCGUGCGGCCGACGAGGCAAUUUGCCUCUACAUCGCGGGGACGCGCACGGCGGAACGUCAGUGCGAGCACCCGCUCUUCCUCAACAUGCUGCGCGCCGUUGCUGCCGCUGGAAGCAGCUACGUCUCUCCCAAGCGUGACUUCGUCGGCGGCGUCGGGCUGCAGGAGUGCAAGAGGCGGAUUGAAAAGGGGUUGGAGCCCAUUACGAAAACCUGGAUGGAGACCGGCGUGACGAUUGCCAGCGACAUGAUGCGGGACAAGAGCGGGCGCGCGCAGAUGAACAUCAUUUGUAUCAACGACAACGGCGCGGUGUUCCAGGAGGCGGUCGACUGCAAGGCGGAGACUAAGAGUGGGGCUUUCAUCGUGAGCGUCCUGCAGCCGAUCAUCGAGAAGAUUGGGCCGCAGCACGUCGUCGCUUUUUGCUCGGACGGCGGCAGCAACUACGUGUCCGCCGGCAAGAAGCUGCAGGAGAUCUACCCGCAUCUCGAGUUCGUUCCCUGCGCCACUCACGUGCUCGACCUGCUGAUUGAGGACAUCGGCGGGAUGGACUGGGCGCAGGAGGUCGUCCCUGUUGCGAACGACAUCAUCUCCUUCGUGCGCAGCCACACGUGGACGCGCGCCUUCCUACGGUGUCCCGAGCUGCACGACGAGGAGAAGUCGCUGCAGGCGCUGCGCCCGGCGGGCACGCGCUUUGGGACGAACUUCAUCGCUGUGUCGCGGCUGCUCAAGAUCCGUCAGCAUCUGACGCAGAUGGUGACGCACAAGGAUUGGGAGGAGAAGGGAGGUAGCACGCAGACUGGAAAGACAUUUGCGGCGUCGGUGUUGGAUGUGGGGUGGUGGAACAAGGCGGAGACAUUCGUGAAGGUGAUGGAGCUGCCCUACAAGGUGAUGAGGCGGACUGAUGGGGAGGCGAAGGGGAGGAUGGGUGAGAUGUACGACAUCAUGCUGCAGCUGACGGAGGACUUGCAGAAGCUGUUGGAGAAGGAUGAUUGUGGGCUCAAGAGGGCGGAUAAGGAGGGGGUGAAGGAGCACCUGAGGCGGCGUUGGGAUGAGAACUUGGCCUGCCCCCUUCACGUGGUUGGCCGGAUUCUGAACCCGGCCAACCAGGAGGAGGGGAUCUACCACAAGGACGUCGAGUGCACCAGGGUGAUGAAGGCGUGGCUCCAGCGCUCGAAGACAUUCGUCGACAAGUAUUGGAAGAGCGGCGGCGACACUAAGGGGACGAUGAAGGCGCUGCAGGAGGGGAUGCUUGCGUUCAUUGAGGGGAAGGGGUGCUUCGGGUCUGAGGAUGCAAUAGAGGGGCGGGCGGAGAUUAAGGCCGGGAAGGGGGACAUGGUGACGUGGUGGAAGGUGAACGGCUGGGAGUACCAGGAGCUGGCUGGCCUUGCGUGCCGGGCGCUCUCACAGCCCGUCUCCGCUUCACCAUGCGAGCGCGGAUGGUCCACGUGGGAUGGCGUACACACGGCGCGCAGGAACAGGUUGGGUUCGGAGAAGGUCCGCGACCUUGUGUUCGUUGCGCACAACUGGAACGUUGUGCACAACCACCACAAGGGUGCGGCGGGUGCGGGGCCGAGUGGGGAAGUCAGGAAGGCGGGAAUAGUGGAGGGGAACAUUCCCCCCCGACCCCUUCCCGAGGGGUACAAGCUUGAGGAGGAUGGAGAGGUGGAGGUGGAUGAGGAUGACCUCACCUUCGACGAGUACAAGGAGCAGGAGGAUUUGGAGAAGGAGGAGGAGAAGGGGAUGGAGAGCGAGGAGGAUGAGUGA